AUGACCGCCGAGGAAUCAGGUUCAGAGAAGAAGCCCGCCGACAAAUGGAAACAUGCGUUCAAACAAAUGCAGAAAUCCAAGAAAGAAGCUGCACGAAGACGAGCCAAACAGAUCGACAACAAAAGCCGUUGGGUAUUUCCGUUGAGCUUUCUCGCCUUCAAUGCUGUUUACUGGUCUUAUUACCUUCACUUCAAGUCAUGA